GCUCUCCAGGCAAGUCACAUCCGUCGUCUGCUAUCGCUCGGUGCUCACCGCUGUCGUCUGCCAACGUCGAUCUGCAUCGGAUUGAUUCCGAAAAAUGCCGGAAGUGGACAAACCAAGCUUCCACAAGGAGAACCUGCCUCCACACUACUACCGUCGCAUCGGAUGCUAUGUGGUCAGCACACACUACCCGGAAGAGAUCAUCCGUUCUUCUUUAUCCUACAAGGCAAGACCAGAAGACGUGUACAUAGCCACGUAUCCCAAAUGCGGCACGACGUGGAUGCAGCACAUCAUCUACCACAUCUUCAGCAAUGGCGUUCCGGCACAGGACAUCACAGAGUUCACGCUGAAGACACCCUUCCUGGAACGCGUAGGAGCAGAAGAGGUCUUAAGGAGGCCCUGUCCCUCAGCCAUAAAGACGCAUACGCCGUUCGACCCAGAGCGCUUCUCGAAGCACGCAAAGUACAUCUACGUCGCGAGGAACCCCUUUGACUGCUGUGUGUCCUUCUAUUAUCAUACGAGGCACUUUCCAGUGUAUCAGUUUGAGAACGGGACUUUCGACGAGUUCUUCGAAAUGUUUAUGAAGGGAGAAGUAGACUUCGGAGAUUACUUCGAUCAUCUUCUGUCCUGGUACAAGUACAAGGACGAGGAAAAUGUGCUGUUCUUGACGUACGAAGACAUCAAGAAGGACACCAGGCACUGGAUACUCAAGAUCGCAGACUUCCUCGGUAACAAGUACGGCGAAAACCUUCGCGAAGACCCCAGCGUCCUGGACAGGAUCUUGGAGUUGACGAGCGUCUCCAAGAUGAAGGAAGCCGCAAGGAACGAAAGACAACUCCAGGUCAAAAUGCUCUGGGAUACCCCUCGAGAGAAGCUACCACGUUGGGCAGCGCUCACCCUCAGGGCUUCGGGAUACCUGAGCAGGAAGCCCAUGACCGGGGACUUUGUCCGCAAGGGAGUCGUCGGGGACUGGAGGAACCAUUUCUCAGAAGAGCAGGUGGACAGGAUGAAACAGCGAAUCGCGGAGAAGACGGCGGGCAGUGACGUCAUGCAGCUUUGGAAGGGCAUGAAGAUUUGUGAGGCGUAGACAGAGAGGCGAAGACUAUGGUGGGGUGUUUUGUUGUUGUUGUCGUCGUUGUUGUUGUUGUUUUCAGUUUUUGUGUCCUGAGGGACUAAAAGCUGAUAUUUAUUUUUUCUAAUCAACCUUGCCCAUAGAACAAGUACGCAACACACAAAUCCAGUCAGAGAACAAAAGGAGCUUCCGCGAGUGUCCCAAAGGAGCUGCAGGUCUUUAUAGUUUCGGAUUGUAGGUGACGUCACCGAGAGCUAUGAACUCCGUAUCAUAGCAACGGUGCGUGUCUCCGCUCUCCGCCCUAGGUUGGAAGACUGCCUGCAGCUGUAGUGAGGAGAGUGAAAUUUAUCUUCGAGGAGCAAUGUUACCAGAUGCGUGGGUAUAGAGUGGGAGCCCUAUAUGACGUCAUGCUUCUCAGAGCUAUAAAUUAAUUUUAUGAUACAUCAGCGUCACGUAGAGAAACAAUAUUUCGGGAGAAUACAGAAUACAGCGCGGGACACGUGGAUUGCAAAUUGGCUAAGAUUCUGAAGACACGAGAUUUAUUCCGUAGUGGCAUUUUAAUGGUCUGCAGACGUGUGUCCUCUCGAAGACAGACAUAUACCGCUGCAAAGGGCUACGAGGCCGUUAGCGACUGCUAGGCAAAACUAACCGAUGGACCGAGAACCGUAUAGCGUUCAUCAUGACCAUGUUUGUCUCGCGAUGUACAACCAGGAGUCAUUCCUUUUUAGAGUUCUUGCAACGUGUUCUAAAAGAUCGAGUCGCGAUGUCGUCUGCUUCAGUCAAUCGGCGCAGGCGAUGUCAAUCACAGGCUUCCUGUGGCUACUAAUGGCUGACCAUGUGGCUUAUGGCGGCUCGUCUCAAUGGCAACGGUCGCCGAAAACACGGCCGCGAUUGGCGGACUCUUAAUGGUUACGUCACGACGUUUAAGCCGUCAGGCUUUGCAGUCCUGUUGCGAUGGGUAUCGAUAUAGUAUCGAGGUAUGAUCUCCUUUUCUUCUUCGUCUUUUCUUGUAUUUUUUUUUUUUUUUUUUAGUUUUCACGUUUAGUCGUGCAUCUUGGAGGUUGUUAGUUUCACUUUUGAUCACGAGCCAGCGUAUUUUGUUUAUGCUCGCUUUCCGAGACUAAUCAACCGAGUGACUCAAAACCAUCCUUUCCGCGCCCUCUGUCUGCGUCGUUUAGCGCGAGCCCUGUGUGAUCUCUGCUCUCUCUACGACCAUACUGCGAAUUGUACCUUCUCCCGAAACAGUGUCCGAGCUCCAAUCAGUAAGUGCUGUAUCUGUGCUCGUUGAGUAACACUUCUACUGUACUAGUACCGUCUAUAGUGCACGUUUCGCUCGGUGAAGAUAAUCCUGUUUUGUACACUGUGACAGUUACAAUAAAGCAUUUCUUUUUUUC